AAGAAGGCGGGUCUUAAGAACCAGUGGAGUUGGCUGCCGCUUUGAAGAUGCUCCGCGUGUGGGGUAAAAUGCGGCGUGGACGUUUGAGUCAUUGCUAUUUAUCCACUUUUGGAAAACGUCCACGUUUGUCAUGACGUCCCCGAAGAGUAGUAACGUUUAGCUUGUAUGAGAUGAUGGAACAAGUGACAGAAUACAGAUUCUGUGGGAAAUGUAAAGCAGCCUGUGGAUUUCACAGUUAUGACCUGAGAAGCAUCUUCACAUGGCGUCUGCUGCAGACCGUGGCCAUGGGUCAGGUUCUGUCCCUGCUGAUCUGCGGCACGGCGGUGAGCUGCCAGUUCCUGGCCGACGCCGGGGUGAGGACGCCCAUGCUGCAGAGCUUCCUCAACUACGCCCUGCUGCUCCUCACCUACACCCUCGUCCUGUGCACCCGCAAAGGUGAGGGCAACAUCCUGAAGAUGCUGAGGACCAAGUGGUGGAAGUACCUGCUGAUGGGUUUAGCAGAUGUGGAGGCCAACUAUGCUGUUGUGAAGGCUUACCAGUUCACCACCUUAACUAGCAUACAGCUGCUGGACUGCUUUGUGAUCCCGGUGCUCAUGCUGCUCUCCAGGCUCUUCCUGAAGACGCGCUACAGGCCGGUGCACUUCGUGGCGGUGGCGGUGUGUCUGCUGGGGGUGGGGGCCAUGGUUGGAGCAGACAUUCUCGCUGGAAGGAACGAGGGUUCAACAAACAACGUGAUGCUGGGUGACGGCCUGGUGCUGCUCAGCGCCGUCCUGUACGCGGUUUCCAACCUGUGUCAGGAGCACACCGUGAAGAACCAGAGCCGGGUGGAGUUCCUGGGCAUGAUGGGUCUGUUCGGGACGCUCAUCAGCGGGCUGCAGCUCGCCGUGCUGGAGACUCAUGAGGCGACCUUCAGAGACUGGAGCGCUUCCAUCUUCAUGCUGUUUGCGGUCUACGCCCUGUGCAUGUACGCGCUGUACAGCUUCAUGCCGGUGGUGGUGAAGAUGACCAGCGCCACCGCCGUCAACCUGUCUCUGCUCACCGCCGACCUCUUCAGCCUCUUCUGCGGCCUGUUCCUCUUCAACUAUAAGUUCUCGGCUCUCUACAUCAUUUCGUUUGUUGUCAUAACAACGGGCUUCAUCCUGUUCAACGCAUUCCCGACAAACUCAUCUCCGCCUGAAAACCCAGCGGAAUCGGACGACCGCGCGGCGGCGAACCCGUCACUCCGCCCUCUGCCUUCUGGCAUAGACGUUGGUGCGACCGAGGCGUUUGAUGCUGCAACGGCUCUGUGACCACUGAGAGGUCAGCAAACGUUGAACACGUUUGACCUCAAGACAAACUCCUUAUCAAGAAAACGUGCCCGAAGGACGACAACCUGUAGGGGGCGCUGUUAUGAUUUUACAUAAAACUGGUCUGACGUACUGUUCACAAACAAACUGUUUACAUCCAUUUAUUCAUGGAAAAAGUGAUUUUUAGUUUGUUCUUUCUGGAAAUCUGUGUCUCAACUGAAAGUUUGCCAAAAGUGAAGCAUGUAGUCUACAAGUUCAAGUUUAAAUUAUUAAAAUCCUUUUUUCUAUUGUC